GCACAUAUUAAUAGGCACGCUCACAGCUGCUCGUUUUGUCUAAGUCCCCGAAGAUGUUGCUCUUUGCUUUGUUUUCGCUCCUGUGUUUCAACCCAUCUCUGAGCCUGAGGAUCUGCUCCUUCAACGUGAGGUCUUUUGGAGAAGCCAAAAUAGGCAGAGCCGAGGUGCUGGAUGCUGUGGUGAAGAUCAUCUCUCGCUGUGACAUCAUGCUGCUGAUGGAGAUAAAGGAGAACAAGAACAGGAUGUGUCCCCUGCUCGUACAGCAGCUGGCUGGCCAGACGAAAGGGAACAGGGAGGAGUACAGCUGCGUGGUCAGCGGGCGGCUGGGCAGGAAGAGCUACAAGGAGCAGUAUGCCUUCCUCUACAGGAGAAAUCUGGUGUCAGUGAAACAAACGUACCAAUACCCCGACACCCAGCCUGGGGACGAGGACGCCUUCUCCCGAGAGCCCUUCGUCGUUUGGUUCCGGUCACCAAAAACUGCUGUCAAAGAGUUUGCUAUAGUCCCUCUGCACACCGCGCCGGAGAUGGCGGUACGGGAGAUCGAUGAGCUCUAUGAUGUGUAUUUAGACAUAAAGCAGCACUGGGACACCGAGAACUUUGUCUUCAUGGGGGACUUCAAUGCGGGGUGCAGCUACGUCCCACGGAAGCACUGGAAGAACAUCCGCCUGAGGACGAGCUCGGAGUUUGCGUGGCUCAUCGGUGACACAAACGACACAACGGUCCGGAGGAGCACCAGCUGCCCCUAUGACAGGAUCGUGGUCAGUGGGGAGCAGCUCAGCCAGGCCGUCGUGCCGCACUCCGCUACCAUCUUUGAUUUCCAGACGGCUUUUCAGAUGAGCGAGGAGCAGGCUCUGGGGGUGAGCGACCACUUCCCGGUGGAGUUUGAGCUGAAGGCGCGCGGCGGCUUCUUCGACUGGAUAAAAUCCAAGUUCUCAAAGAAGGGGAGAGCAAGAAAGAGCCGCCGCUCGGGCUCAUGAGCGUGCCAGGUGUGCUCACACGGCGAGAACACGAGGAUGCCCAGGGGGUCUUGCAGCUGAGCGGUGCUGACACGCUCACAGCCAGCGCAGUAUUUAGCAGGAAAACAAAUAUUUUGUCACACUUCAAACGUUUUGGGUCCGAAGGUGAACGGAACCUUCUUGGUUGUAAGCUCAGUGCAAAUAAAGCAGCUAGAAGCAG